AUGGCUUUCACGAUGCACUCCCACUCGGGCCAGUUUUGCCCUGGCCACGCCAAAGACCAGCUCGAAGAUGUCAUAAAACACGCCAUCAGUAUAGGCUACAAAACCAUGGGCCUAACAGAGCACAUGCCGCGCACCGGCCUGGAAGACCUCUAUCCCGAGGAGAUGGACGACCCACAAGGCUCCCUUGCCGUGCUCAUGCCCCGCCACGACGACUACCUGCUCGAGGCCCAGAGGCUGCAGGCCAAGUACGCAGACCAGCUCCACAUCCUCAUCGGCUUCGAGGGCGAGUUCAUCCGCCCCGAAGUGUACGCCCCGCUGGUCCGCCAGCUCGCCGCGCACCCUUGCGUCGACUACUUCAUCGGUUCCCUGCACCACACCUGCGGCGUGCCCAUCGACUUCGACAAGCCCUUGUACACCAAGGCGCAGGAUGCUGCGGGGGGUAGCGAGGAGAAGCUGUACGCGCGGUAUUACGACGAGCAGCACGCCAUGCUGACGGCGCUGCGGCCGCGGGUCGUGGGGCAUUUCGACCUGAUCCGGCUUCUGAGCGAGGAACCUGGCCGGAACGCCAAGACGGCCUGGGAUGGGCGCGUCUGGGACAGGAUUGUGCGGAACCUCGAGGCUGUCCGGGCCUGGGGCGGCUGGCUGGAGUGCAACAGCAGCGCGCUGCGGAAGGGCUUGGCCGAGCCGUACCCUGCGCGGCCCAUCGCCGAGGAGUGGCUCCGCAUGGGCGGCAGAUUCACGCUGUCGGAUGAUAGUCACGGCAUCGCGCAGGUCGCUACCAAUUACAGGAGGGCGCUGGACUAUCUCGAGUCCCUGGGCGUGAAGGAGGUGUGGACGUUGCAGAGGACGGAGGGGGAAGAUGAGGAGCAGCAACAGCAGCAGCAGGAGGAGGAGGAGCCUGCUAAUGCCCGGAAGAAGAACAAGGCUGUGCUAAAAGAGGUCAGUGUCUCUUUGGACGAGGUUCGCAGGAGCUUGGCAUAG